CCAUGUCGCGCGGCUUCCGGCUCCUGCUCCUGAGCUGCGUCUGCAGCCUGGCGCCCGCGACGCGGGAGAUGAAGGUGGCUUGUUCCGAGGCUGUGGACUUGCCGUGCACCGUCCACGUGGACCCUCAGGGCCCCUACAGAGUCUUCUGGGCCAAGCUGAUGGAGGGUGGCAAGGAGUGGACUGAGGUGCCCCAGGAGGGUCUGCAGUACCACCGGCAGAAGGAAGACUCCUUGGAGGCCCCCGGUGAGGGGCUGUACUUGAAGAUCCAAAACACUAGUCGCUGCCACACGGGGACAUACAGGUGCACCGUGGAGGAGCUGGACGGGCAGAGAAACCAAAGUGGCACAGUGACCUUGAAAGUGACAGGAUGCCCUAAGGAACGCAAAGAAGAGACUUUUCAGAAAUACCGAGCUGAGAUUGUACUGUUGUUGGCUCUGGUUGUCUUCUACUUAACGCUCAUUAUUUUCACUUGUAAGUUUGCACAACAACAGAGUAUUUUUCCAGAUUUUUCUAAGCCUGUCAUGGAACGAGCUUUUCUCCCAGUCACCUCCCCACAGAAACAUCUGGAGCCAGUGACUCUUCACAAGACAGAACUGGUAUGAGCAGGAUUUCUGCAGGUUGUUUUUCCGAAAGUCAAAGAUACGCCUGGACGUCCCACAGGACAAGAGAAGAAUGAGCCCCACACCGAAGAAGGCAUCCUGCCUGUGAAGUCCUUCUGAAACCCCUGACAGGGGAUCCCAGCCCACUUUUUGUGAGCAGGACUUCAGAAACCAUUACGUGACCACGUAGCAUGGGGCCACCUGCAGGAAGUCCCUAGUACUGCUGCUUCACAACUACCUUUCUUAGCAUUUUCCUCAGCUAUCUGGUCAACCUCUUGGAAAUCUUUUCAGUCAUAUACAAGCUAUGGUGAGACGCAGUUGGAAGAGGGUCUUGGGAAAUACGGACCCGGAGCUGGCCCUGUGAUAGACUCUUGAGGACCGCUGUCCUCUGCACAUCUGGGAAACAUCUCUUUGAAUUUGCUUGUGUUUUCUUGUACUAGCCCAGAUGGUUUAUGUCUGGGAGAAAUCGACAGGCCAAACUGUGAGACAGCGGGGAAUAUUUAGCAAAUAAUUUCCCAGUGUGAAGGCUCUGCUUUUACUAAGGAGUAUUGUGUGUACACAGAAAUAACAAGUUGAUGAACUGCUCCCCAAUGGGGCUUUUUCAUCUGUGAAAGACACCCAUAAAGAAGCAAUAAAGAAGAGUGCCACAUUUAUUUUUAUAUCCAUAGAUACCUGUCAAAGAAGGAUUUGUUUUUUGUUCUCCUUUUGAAAUCUACAUCUAUGGUUACGUGUCAGGGCUGAUGGACAAGUGACCUCAGUAUGGAGAGUGAGUGAGAUGUCAGAGAGGUCAGAGAGCAUGACCACAGGACAGCCAGCUAGGUGAUGACCUGUUGGAGAUGCUGGACCAAUCAUGCAAUCUGGGUUCUAGCCCCGGUUGUCCCACUACCUGACUGUAUGAUCUGGAACAGAGUCCUCAUGAUUUCUACUUUCUCACUUGUAAACCGAAAGGUUGUUGUCUGAGUUGAUUGCAAUAAUGUAUGUGAAAAUGCUUUGGAAAAGCAUAAAGCACUAUAAAAAUUUGAAGCUC